AAAAAAAAAAAAAAACAGCAAUGAUCCUCCGCCCCUCCCCCUCCCUGUUCCUCCGCAGCGCCCCACCACGCCCCCAAACCCGCGCCUUCACGCUCCUCAACCCCACAGCGCGCUCGCACAAAAACCGCCUCUUCGACUCCGUCCGCCAGCCCACCGACCUGCACACUUUGACCCUGCUCAACGCGGCCGACAACCGCGCGCUAAUCACCCUCUGGAGCGCAUCGUGGUGCACGUCCUGCCAGGCCGUCAAACCGCUGCUACGCUCGCUGAUUGAGGACGAGCGCGUGGGGGAGCGCGAGGGCGGGCUGGGGUUCGUGGAGGUGGAGAUUGAUUCUAGCUUGAUUGGGGAUUUGCCGAUUAUCUAUAGGAUUAAUAGUAUGCCUACGUUGCUGGCGUUUAGUCGGCAGGAGGCGCAGGAGGAUACGAAACUUACGAGGGUGGAGGAUAUGACGAAUAAGGAUACGUUGCGUAAUUGGCUGCUUGAUGAGGCGAGGCGGGGUGGGCGGCAGGGUGGUGGGGGAGGGAAGGGGUGGUUUGGGUGGUAG